CGCAGGGACUGGCUCUCCCGCAGCCAUUUUCUGUCCAACCAAACGGCCGAAUUGAGACGAGAACCAACCAGGGCUUCACCGCAGAUGGAUGGAGACAGUUCAACCACUGAUGCCUCCCAGCUUGGCAUAGCAGGAGAAUAUAUGGCUGGAAGUCACUUUGUACUCCAAGCACAGGAUGAUGAAGGUGACGAGGAACUCAAUGACCAUGAAGAUGACAAUGGUAGCAAAGACAACUUAAGGGAACAAGAUAUCUAUCUCCCCAUUGCCAAUGUAGCCCGAAUCAUGAAGACUGCAAUCCCCCAAACUGGAAAAAUAGCCAAGGAUGCGAAGGAGUGUGUGCAGGAAUGUGUAAGUGAGUUCAUCAGCUUCAUCACUUCAGAAGCCAGUGAGAGGUGCCACCAGGAGAAACGUAAGACGAUAAAUGGAGAAGACAUCCUGUUUGCGAUGUCCACGUUGGGUUUCGACAUGUAUGUGGAACCUCUUAAGCUCUACCUGCAGAAGUUCAGAGAGGCAAUGAAAGGAGAAAAAGGCAUAAGCACUGUAACUGUUACCGAAGGCAUGGGAGAGGAGCUUAGCGAUGACACUUUCACAAAUCCACUACCUGCAGGGAUUAUAACUGCUGAUGGACAGCAACAAAAUGUGAUGGUCUACACCACCUCAUAUCAACAGAUCCCAGGGGUGCAACAACUACAGUUCUCCUGAAGUGGUGCUGCAUUGUCACAUCCAGAAAUCCACACCUAAUCUUCGCAGAUUUAACAUCCACACUUCCACACACAUGUGAAGGUUAUGAAUUAGUUGGGUCUGUUGUGGAUCAUCUGUGAACUCAUUUCCUGUGCUCUCAGAGAUGAGGGAUGGGGCUGGACUUCUAAGUUUGUUGCUAUUUGUGUGUGUGUGUGUGUGGUCUGCGCAUGCAUUUUGAUUUUAUAUGAACUAGACUGUAGGGUGUUACUUUUGUUUUUCGUCACACAUUUGUCGUUUUUUAUCCAUUUAAAAGGGUUGGGGGAAAAGUUUGUUGAGGGAUUUUAGAACUAUUUCACCCUCUAUUAAAGCAAUACAAACAGAACAAAUUACAAAUGUGAAUCUUCCAGCGACUUAGUGGAAUGAGUGGUUUCCUUCUUAUUUUUUUUUUAUAGAUAAAAAUCGAAUUUCAGUUUAAUGAGAUGUUAACAGUUCAAAUAAAUCGUGUUUGUGAUUUGUUUUGUAAAUAAUGCUCUUUUUUUAGUGAAGAGUAUUUCAGUGUUUGACAUUACGAUUUUUUUUUUUAAACAAUCUGGUUUUAUUGAUCAAAAGGUAAUACAUAGAGGAGUGCGUGUCUCAAAUUAGAUUAGCAACAUGAUUUUCAAAUCACUUAUGCAGGCAUAGAAUCACAUCUGGUCAAAUAAUCUCAAAAUCAUGAAGCAGUUGUUAGGCAUAGUCUAGAGCAGCCUUUCUCAAACCUUUUUCAGUCAGGGCACCUUUCAAAAGUGCAUAAAAUCUCAAGGCACCCCAGUGUAAAAUAUAAUUUAAAAACACUGCAUAACCCAAAUGUAAAUGCAAAUGUCCUGUUUAUUUAGACAGAACAGUAAUGAACAGAGCAUAAUACGAACUGUAAAUAAUAAUAACUUUAUAGCACCUUUAAAAACACAGGUUUGCAAAGUAAUUCACAAAAUAAUUAAUCAGAGACACAAAUGCCAUAAAACUGUAAGAGGUGGACCGCCCAAUACAAGAACCCAACAACAAAUCCAGACCAGGAGAACUAAAAUGAAGUGCAGGAUGCAGUUAAAAUAAAAUAAAAAGGGGCAGACAUGAAAAAAAUAUAUAUACAAUACGAUAAGAAAAAGAUGCAUGUUAAAAAAUGCACCAGAGAUACUAAGUGGCCUAAAUUCACGUUUAUUUUUACGUUUCUGUCAGUCUGAGGUGUUGUUGCUAUAACGCGUUGCUAUGGGUUGCGUCACUUGCGUCAAGUUGUGUGUGUGUCUUGCUUCGGUCUUGUGAGACGGAUUUUUAUGGUUAAUUUUUUAUAUAUAUAUAUAUAUAUAUCUAAAAUGAAUUUACAAUUUUAUUAAUACGUUCAUAUAUUUAAAAAGAAGAAGAAUGUAUUUAUGUAAAUUCAAAUAUAUUUAUAUAUGAAAUGUCAGAUUUAAAAAAAAAAAAAUUUUAAUUUAUUUUUUUAGCCUACGUAACUUUUUGGCGGCACCCCUGACACAGUCAGGGGGCACCCCAGUGUGCCGCAGCACCCACUUUGAGAAAGGCUGGUCUAGAGCAGGGGUUUUCAAACUGGGGUCCAAGGUCUGAAAGGGGUGCUAGGGGGUCCUCAGAAAAUUUCGGAGAAAAAAGUACAAAUGUAUGAAACCUAAUUAAUUAACCUAAGAAAUCAAAUUUUCAAUGUAAAUCCAAGGGUGAUCGGGCCUUUUCUGUGGCUGGAACCAGACUUUGGAAUAGUCUCCCCUAUCAUGUGAGGUCUGCUUCAUCGUUAGCUAUUUUUAAAUCUUCCCUUAAAUCAUAUGUUUAUUCUUAUCUUUUGAAAAUGUUUAAAUGAUGGAUGUUUAUUGAUUGUGAUUUUUAUAUAUAUGCCAUUUUAUUGUUUUUGUUCUUGAUAUUUUUGCUCUUUCUUAUUUUGUUUCAUUUUCUCUGUUGUACAGCACUUUGGAACAACUUAUGUUGUGUUUAAACGUACUUUAUAAAUAAAUAUUGAUUGAUUUAAUGACUUUUUUAAACGCUUUAUGCAAAGCAUAAACUAUUAAGUUUUUAUUUUCUCCUUUCUAUGGACAGGAAUUAUGCAUUAAAAAUAGGAAGGAGUGUCGUGGAAAAUCGGGAUGAAUCUCUCUAAGUUGUAAGAAAACUCUCGGAGUCCAGCCAGCUGUCUGUCCUGACUUUAUCCUCCUAAGUUCUCAGUUAUAUACCUUUUGUUAUCUUUUACCCACUAUCUCUGACCAAUGGGAUUAUUGCCCUUGUCUCUUGCCCUUGCCACCAAUAUGUUUUAUUU